AUGUAUUUAUCCGUACUCGACGGAGCAGUGGGUUGUGUUCUGGGACAACACGAUGAUUUCGGAAGGAAAGAACAGCCCAUCUACUAUCUUAGCAAGAAACUCACCCAGUAUGAGGCUCAUUAUUCAUUUAUUGAGAAAAGCUGCUGUGCAUUGGCCUGGGCAGCUCAAAAGUUGAGACACUACCUGCUAAGUCAUACCACUUAUCUCAUAUCCCGUUCCGAUCCUUUGAAAUACCUCUUGGAAAAGCCGAUGCCAACUGGGCGUCUGGCCAAAUGGCAGAUGGUUCUUUCAGAGUUUGAUAUUGUUUUCACUUCGCAAAAGGCCGUCAAGGGGCAAGCUAUAGCUGAUCAUUUGGCAAAAAAUCCAAGAGACGAUGAGUAUCAACCGCUUCAUACCUAUUUCCCUGUUGAAAAGGUUUUAUUUGUUGGUGUCAUAAAAGAUAUGAGCGAGCGGUGCCCUGAAUGGAGGUUGUUUUUUGAUGGUGCCGCUAAUUCUUUCGGAGCUGGAAUCAGAGCAGUUCUUGUAUCUCCAGAAGGAAAGCAUUACCCCGGAGCUGCUAAAUUGCAAUUCGCCUGUACAAACAAUAUGGCCGAGUAUGAAGCCUGUAUUUUUUGUCCUAAAAUGGCUUUGAAAAUGGAAGUUAAAGAGUUGAUAGCCUUCAAUGAUUCAGAUUUACUUGUGCACCAAACGCUGAAACAAUGGAUAACCAAAGAUUCCAAAAUCUUGCCAUACCAUUGUAAUUUGCUCGAUCUGGCUAGACAAUUUCAAAGUUUGGAAUUCAGACAUCUCCCACGAGCCCGAAAUGCAUUUGCAGAUGCCUUGGCCACCUUAUCUUCUAUGAUACAAUAUCCAGAUGAAUUGGGAAUCGAGCCUAUCCGGAUUCAACUCCAAAAUAAGCCUGCUCAUUGUUGGGUCAUAGACAAUUCUUCUGGCAAAAGCCCUUGGUACAAUGAUAUUAAGGAAUUCAUCAAAACCAGGGUUUACCCUCCGGGAGCUAAUGCAAAAGACAAGGUUUUCCUGCGUAGAAUGGCCUCGAAGUUUUUCUUAAGCGGAGAGGUAUUAUACAAAAGGACCUCAGAUUUGAACCUCUUAAGGUGCAUCGAUGAAGAUGAAGCUCAAUACAUGAUGAAAGAGGUGCAUAGCGGCGUCUGCGGACCUCACAUGAAUGGACAUUUGUUAGCAAAGAAGAUUAUGAGAAUCGGGUAUUUUCGGCUUACAAUGGAACGCGACUGCAUAGAUUUUGUCCGGAGAUGUAUUAAAUGUCAAGUGCAUGGCGACGUUAUACGUGCUUCUCCCACCGAAUUGCAUAGCAUGAUUGCUCCGUGGCCCUGCUCAAUGUGGGGUAUGGAUGUGAUCGGCACAAUUGACCCUCCUGCUUCAAAUGGGCAUCGGUUUAUAUUGGUGGCAAUUGAGUAUUUCACCAAAUGGGUAGAAGCUGAAUCAUUCAAGCAUGUGACUAAGAAGGUGGUGGCGAAUUUUUUAAGGGAUCACAUCAUAUGCCGAUUUGGGGUACCAGAAACAUUGAUUACAGACAAUGCUAAGAAUCUCAACAAUUAUAUGGUGGAUGGGCUAUGCGAACAGUUUAAAAUCAGACAUCGCAACUCUGCCAUCUAUAGACCACAGAUGAAUGGAGCCGUGGAAGCCGCAAACAAGAAUUUGAAGAAGAUCAUUCGCAAGAUGACUGAAAAACAUCGUGACUGGCAUGAAAAGCUCCCUUAUGCACUAAUGGCGUAUCGGACUUCUAUCCGAACAUCAACCGGGACAACACCCUACUCGCUCAUGUAUGGAAUGGAAGCUGUGCUACCUGCCGAGGUCGAAAUCCCUUCAUUGCGGGUUUUAAUGGAGACCAAGUUGAAAGAGGCUGAUUGGAUAAAACAGCGUUUUGAACAACUGUCCUUGAUUGAUGAAAAGCGUCUUAAUGCUAUUUGUCAUGGGCAAUGUUACCAAAAAUGCAUGGCCCGGGCCUACAACAAGAAAGUCCAUUUGUGA